AUGUCUGCAAGCGGUGGAGGGAGUUACAACAUGGAGGCGGCUGCGAAGGAACAAGCCCUGAGGGACGAGCUGGUGCAGAGGCAGGGCAAGUUAGGUGCCGCUCGCGCGGAAGUCGAAGACACCAACAAGACUCGCGUGACGCUGUCGGGUGAGUAUGCCGAUGCGUCUGGAGUGUUGCGCCGGGCGAUGAAGGAAUUGGACUUCACGCGCAAGCAAAUUUACGACGAACAGACCGAGCGGAAGAGCUUGUUGCAUGUCAAGAAGCGCAACCUAGAGCGUGCUGUCAAGAAGCUCGAGGAUACUUUGGAAGAAAGACGUGUCUGGACAGAAGCUUGGGAGCGUAGGCUGGAAGACUUGCGUCAAGCGGUGACUGUAGCGGGGGAAGCUGCUCUCGAAGUGGCCAAGGAGAACCUCGACAUCGCGAAAGCAGGGCUUUGCGGCGACCAUAAUACCCAGGAGCCCGACAAAGUCCGAGACAUGCUCUCCCCUGUGGUGCAGGAUUCCGUUCUUAGCGAGAUGGACCGCAUCCAGGAGAUCGCCAAGAAGGCCGACAACGCAUCUUGCACGCUCGAAGAAGCUGUACACUCGCUGGCCGAAGCUACCGAGGACGGGGAAAUUCAGCGUCAGCAGGGAGAGAAGCACCGCGAGCUCUUGGAUACAGAACGGAAGAAGCUAAAGAAAGUGGAGAAAGAGUGGAGGAAGACCAUGGAGGACUUUGAGUUUCUGCAGGGAAAAGAAGCUCAGGCAAAGGAGUCGCUCAACGCUGCCAAGAGCGUUGCAGCCGCCAAGCAGAACGAGCUGAAGGAAACCAUCAAGGCGCACAACAACGCAAAGUCUCUCGUUGCCGAAGUUCGAGAGGCGGAAGCCAACAUCGCACGACAGCUUCGGGACUGCGCCGAGUUCCCGAUGCAUGCGGCCUCCCGUGAACGGCUGGUGGCGGAGUUCGCUGAUUGGGAACGGGCCCAGGAAGAGGAGGACAGCGCAAGGGAUGAGGAGCAACGGCUUGAAGAGGAGCUUGAUUAUGACGACGAGCAGCCUCAAAUGUGCCACAACCUGGAGGCCGUUCAGGACGCCUGGAACGACGAAACCACCCACGAAUUCGGCGCGGUUGCCGGCUACCCGGACAACACCACGGAAUCUGCUGCUACGCGGCAGGCUGAGGUCGAAUCCGAACCGUCCCGAAACAACGGCAAGGUGUCUUCAAAUCACGACAAGGACAGACCGCGACGUUAUCGGUGGGUGGGUGGUCAAGAACAAGGACAGGAGGAGGCCUCAAGUGAAGACGACCGCCCACGGCGACGUUAUCAGCCAGAUGAACAGCAAGAAGAGGAGGAGGAGGAGGAGGAGGAAGAGGAGGACCGCGACAACGACGCCGAAUACCGCAUCCCUCUUGCGCGGCGCGGAAGAUGUUCAUCGCACGUGGCCAACGUGCAGCGCAGAUCCAGUAAGGGAAAAGGGCCCCUGGGAAAAUCUAGGAUGGCGGUUUCUUCCCAAGCCACUCGCGUUCUCGGUGGAGCCCAGCAGCGUCAAGCCCGGACGGUCGAUCACCAAACGGUGGCCACAGGCAACAGCAAGGGCAAAGGGAAGGCCAGGGGUGGCGCGAAUACCUUGAGACAAGAUCAUGCGGCCAGCAGCGCAUACGAAUGGCGGAUGAACAAGGGGGUACCAAGGACUGGACUGUUCGGUGGAGUGAGGAAACCGCGCAAAGUUUUUUUUUCAGGGACGACUGAGACAAACAACUGGCUUGGAAUCAAGCGCAAGACUCCAUCACCUUCGCAGGUUGCAGGCGAGGAGGGGACAGGUCGGCUCCACCAUGGGAACAGACAGCAGGAAGGCGGCCGGGCUGGUGACCAAAAUAUACCGAAGAAGCGCGUUCGUUCCGCCGGUCAGAAGAUUACCCCGGGCCGGUUCAUCGAGGGGGGAGAGCGAGCGCCCCCGCGGUUUGCCGUGAAAUUUCCGAGGCGUUCCUCCUCGUCACCGUCAGUGAAUCGAGACCCCGAAGCCGUUGCAGAAACUUCCACCAACGCCCAAACUGGCGCAUCGUCGGAGUCAAACGCCGUAGCAACCACAACGACAGAGGCGACCAUGAGCACAGGAGAGGCGAAAGAAUCUCCCAACACGGACAGUACGUCAGAGACUCCAGCAGCCCUGGCCAGGGUAGAGCUCUCGUGCAAGACCGAGCCCGCAAUGAGUGAAGGAUCGUCAGCAUCUUCUUAGCUGCGCGGAACAGUCGGAGUCUCCAUGAAUCUGCUGAGUUGGGUUGGGGUGCGCCAUGAUCCGGCGCAGUACUGACAGGACAAGAAUUCAUUCAAAGUUGGUGUGUUAUUGUAGUCCCAAGGAGAACGGUCUAGGAUCCGUUCGAACCUUGGCCAGUUGGCCGAGACGAGAUCGCCCCGCAAAGUCAUCGCAAAUGGGGACCGUUCACCGUUCGGAUAGGGAGGGGGGAAUGGUCCGAGUUAUGGCGAGUAGCGUUAGGAAAUAGGUGUGGUGCUUACUUCUCAGCACGUUUGGCGUACAAGAACCUCUAUGUAGGACGAGCAAUGGAUACGGUAACCGCAGCGAGAGGCAGCGAGCACGAGAAUUCGGCAAUUUGCUGUGUGGUGGCACAACUUUUCGGAAGUGGUGUCCGACUGUAUGAUGCACGUGUUCAUAGACGGGCACAGAAAACUGAGGAUGGAUGUAUCGUACACACGUGACGGAGCAAAGGUGAAGAUUGGUUGUACCGC